AACGGGCAUACUCUUCUUUUAUUCCAAAGGUGUAACAAACCACGUACUUGGACUGAACAUGAGAACAUAAAUUUUGCGGUUGAAGCCAUUAUUGCAAUGUACGAAACGCGACUCGCAGAGUCACAUCCAACUCGCGGACAAGUUCACUAUAAAGUUGGUGAUUUGAUAGGAUUUAUUAGUCAAUGUAGAGAAUUCGCAGCACUUGUAUAUGAUCAGACGAUAAACGCUUACGUUCCAAGGGACAAAGCUUGGUUACAAGAAAAAAUUGUAGCUCAUAUGAGAAGGAAACUUGGAAAUGAGGUAUAUUCUUACACUAAUUAUGAAAUUGUAGAAGGUUUUCAAGGAGGAAGACGCAAUAAUAGAGGAUUAUGA